GCUCCCCUUUGGCAGCCGGAGCAGCCAUCCCGUGUGUCCAGCACUCCUGCCCUCUGCUCCCCGCUCCCGGGGCUGCUCCGUGCCGGGGGAUCCCGCCGUGACCCCGGCCGGGGAGCACGGUGCGGCCGUGCGGUGUAAGAGGGAAGGAAAGGGGGAGGCGGUAGGAAAACCCCGUUCUCGCAAAAAUGCGGCUCGCUCUUUUCUUGUCCUGGUGCUGCUGCCUGCAUGGAUGCGCGCUGGGCACUGGCUUCCUCUAUCAAUUCCCAGCAUCAACCCUGCAGCACAACUACCCAGAGCAGAGCUCCGGCUCGCCGGGCAGCGGCUUCGCCAGUCGCCGGCACUGGUGUCACUACACAGUCACAAGGACAGUCUCCUGCCAGGUGCAGAACGGCUCAGAGACGGUGAUCCAGAGAGUUUAUCAGAGCUGCCGCUGGCCAGGACCUUGUGCCAACUUAGUGAGUUACAGGACUCUCAUCAGGCCCACGUACAAAAUGUCCUACAGAACUGUGACCACGCUGGAGUGGAGGUGCUGUCCUGGCUUCACAGGGAGCAACUGUGAGGAGGGUUCCUCUGGCCGCCAGCUCGGCUCCUUCCCCAGCCAGGACCAAUGCAUGAACUGCACCAGGCUGGCUGAUAUGACCGAGAGGCUGAACACGCUGGAGGCCAAGAUCCUGCUGCUGGAGGCUGCAGAGAGGAGCCCAGCCCUGGAGAACAGCCUGCCCAUGGCGGGCACCACGGCGCCGUGGUACGAGGAGCUGCUGCCCGACGCCUUCCCCCUGCUGAACCCCGGCACGGCGCUCAGGAAGAGCGGGGCACCCGGGGAACCUAAAGGACACAGAGGUGCAGAGGAGCAGCUGAUACCACAGGGGAUUCCAGGACGGGUGGGUCCCCCAGGCCCAGUUGGACCCACUGGGCUGCCAGGACCACCAGGGCCAAAAGGAGAGAAGGGGCAGCCUGGAGAGAGGGGCCCUGCAGGGCCACCAGGGAUGCUGGGACCUCAAGGACCAAGAGGACUUCCAGGAGAAACCGGGAUCCCAGGUCCCCCAGGCCCCCCAGGGCCACCAGCCACCCCAAGCCUCCCUCUCACCUUCCAGCAAGGGGUUCUCUACUCACUGCAGCCCACAGCUGAAAAGGAAAAUGGAGAACCCCAGCUGGCCUCCACCGUCAUCGACACCAUCAUGGCUGGACUGCCCGGACCACGGGGAGCCCCAGGGCCCGUGGGGCCACCAGGGCCACCAGGUGCUUCAGGACCCAAAGGGCCCCCAGGACCCAUUGGAGCCCCUGGAUCACAAGGCUUGCCAGGAUCUCCAGGACAGCCUGGACCAAAAGGAUCCAAGGGAGACCGAGGAGACAGGGGGCAAGCAGGUCUGCCUGGAGAGAGGGGCAUUAAGGGAUUUCCUGGUGAACCAGGCAAGAAGGGUGAGGAGGGUGACAAAGGUGCUGAUGGAGAAGGUGUCCAACAGCUUCGAGAGGCUCUGAAGAUUCUAGCUGAGAGGGUUUUAAUCCUUGAGCACAUGAUAGGAAUUCAUGACUCUUUGUCUUCCAUUGAGCCAGGCUCUGGACAGGAUGUGAUCCCGGGCUCCCCCCUGAGAAGCAGCAUCAAGAUCAAGCGAGGAGGACCCCGGCAGCCCCAGGCCCACCAGAUCCUCUCCUCCCUGCUGGAUGAGGGUGAAGCCAGAAGGAGAAGCCACCGGAUGAAGUAGGAGCAUCUCCGUGUCCUCCCUGCCUGCUCUCCAGUUAGAGAUACAGUACCCAGGGCUCAACUGCAUCCUGCAGAGGAAGUGGGUGGGAGGCUGCAGUGUUGGUGCCUGGCUUUCCUUCCCUGGCCAAUGCUGAGCCCUGGUUGCAGGGAAUGACUUAUCCAUAGCUCAGAGAGGGUUUUGAGAACGUUUUCCUUGAUUUUGUUGUUUUGCCUUUGGAAUAGCAGUUGUCAGGUGUCUCAGAAGCUGCCUACAGAAGUGACACCUCCUGGCUGUGCCUCAAGGGUUUAACCUGCCCUUGUUCCCUCACUGCCCUUGACAGUCACUCAGUAAAGCUCUGCUUAGCUGGCCCAGCCCAUCCAUCCACCCAGACCCAAAGCCAAGCCUCAGCCUUGUCCAUUGCUGCACCUGGAGGCACCUGCUUUUAUUUCCUGUGUUGGUGUCACACUGACUUCCAGGUGUGGCAUCCACAGGCCAUGAAAGCAUGACCUGCAAGGAUUUCUCUUAAACAAAGAACAAACUAGAAUAUAAAGUACAUUUAAAAGUAUUACUCUGAAAAUUCAAGUGGCUCUCUGGACUUUAGCAACAAAAUCCUGGCUUUUCAUGUUGCUAAUUAUAUGUGAGUGACACUAUUUCUGUUUGUGGUUGGCUAAACAAGGACUUUUGAUGCAAAUGCUCAUGGCAACAUUGGCUUUCUGUCUAUCUUCACAGAGUUUAGACUGUUUCUGUGAAAACAUAGAGCAGUUUGCAUGAGAUAUGAUGGAAUUGUGCAAGAAUUUUCCCAUACUGUGUUCAGCUUGUGCAUACAUCCAGAGAUAAUUAAUUUAAGUGGUGGCAGUAACUAUUCACAGAAAAAGAUAUUUGGCAAUAGUUUCUUAAUCCUACAGCAAUCAAGAAAAAUGUUUUCACAGUGUUUUGUUUUAAUCUUGUGAGUAAAUCCUCACCAUUUGGAUCUGGAGACAGUGUGGUAGCAAACCACAGCCCUGGGAAUUAGAGUCUUGUCAAGAGCUUAUCUUGCACUGGGAGUAAAAUACAGGCAUUUUACUUUUUGCAAUAACUCAUUAUUUUAGGGGAAGUACCAGCUUCCAGGUUUAAGAAGUUGAACCUGCCCUUCAGUGACAAAUGAAUCACUCCACGUGCUGUGCUAACCAGGUCGGACAAGCUGAUGUCAUUCAGUGAUUUUUGUUAGAAGGGGAGAUCAAUCAACAAAACUCACUGGACUAUUUUUUACUUUUUAAUUCCCACAUUCUGACAGUUUUCUAAUUCAGCCCAGGACAAAAGUGAGCAAACUGAGUUGUGUUAUUGCCCCUCUGUCUCUGGUUCCUGUGCAGGGCACAGCUGUGUGUGCCAGCUGGGCUGCACUGCUGCAGUGGCUCUGCCAGAGGCUUUCCAAGGAAAACACUACAGUCCCUGUGCUCACCCCAAGUGAUCUUCCCAAGGCAAAGCCCACUGGAAAUGAGGCUAAAAACAGAGGAGCUCUGCCAUCCCAGCAUUAGCCACACAUUAAAUUGACUGGCCAUAUACACUGUAAACAUGGCAGUGCUACCAAAACACACAUCCAAUCCCAAUCCUUCCUCUAGGAGCCUGGCAUUUUCACAAAUGAGCAGGUUACAGGCCCCUUCAGGAUGGCUCUUUAGCAAUCCAGCCAUCCCCAGCCAGCUGAAAUACCAUAAGCUGAUGCUGGGCAAACACCAGAACCUUGCUUUUGCUGUUGUGCACUGAAUAAGAGCCAGCUGUGCUGGGGACAGCAGGGAUGCAAAUCCCUGCCCUGCUUUUGCAUCCUCACCCUGCUUGGCCAGUGCCAGUGCUGGGGCUUGUUCAGCACAGCCCACCUGGUUCAGGUUGUGCUUCUGAAUGACUGAGUUUUCCACAGGACAUUUCCAAGAAACAAGCCCAGAGCUUUUGGGGAGUUGCCUGGCUGCACUGUGAGUUACAGCUGGAGUGUGGUGUAGGGAGAAAAGUAAAACUCAAGUCCAGCAGGUUCCUGAGCUCAAGGAGCCAUCCUGUAUUUGCAAUCCCUUUGGGAGAAGGAAAUAAAGCCUCUCUGAAUGCAUCUUAGCUUUACACCCAGCACUAACUCUAAACCCAGCACUGACUCUGAUUUACCAAAAUAUGAGUAUUGGUCUAAU